GCGGCGAGGGGGGUAGCAUGGCGGCGGUGGCUCCGGCCCCGAGCCCGUCGUUCCUGGCCUUGGAGCCGCAGCUGCAGCGCGAGUUCCAGCAGAAGGUGCAACGGGUCCGCAAGAGCCGUGCGGCCAAGGAGGAGCUGACGCCGGGCGUGGUGUACAUUGGGCACCUCCCGCGGGGGCUCUGCGAGCCGCAGAUGUACCAGUAUUUCGAGCAGUUCGGGACGGUGACGCGGCUCCGCCUCUCCCGGAGCAAGAAGACUGGAAAUAGCAAAGGCUAUGGAUUUAUAGAGUUUGAGUCUGACGACGUGGCCAAAAUUGUUGCAGACACAAUGAACAACUACCUGUUUUCCGAAAGACUGCUGAAGUGUCAGUUCAUAGCUCCUGAAAGGGUCCAUGAAAACCUCUUCAAAAACAGCAACAAGAUAUUCCGGAAGCCGUCCCAGCCUGCGGUCAGGCGGUACAAUAGGAUACGUUCACUUGUUCAGAAGGCAAAGAUGACAAAGCGGUUGCUGCGGAAGGAGAAACUCUUACGGAAGAGGCUGGCUGAAAAGGGGCUCGAUUACGACUUCCCAGGAUUUGUUGCACAGGAGCAUUCCUUAAAGAGAAAGAAAGUUAAAACAUCCAAGGAGUCAGAAGUUGACAUUUCUUUGAGCAGCCAGGAUCCUACCCCAGUCUGUACUCCAACAGUGCUCGAGCGCCGGAGAGCUGAUCAGGUGGACGGUGAUGCAGAGGACAAUGAAAUAACUCUCAAACUGCCCCCUGCCAGUACUAAGAAUAGUGUGCCAAGAACAAAGAAGCAGCCAAGAAAAACCAAACCUGAAGAAACAGAAAUAGACUUAAAAUUUGGGUGGCUGUAGCCACGUUUUUUCUCAUCUCAGAGUGGUUGAGUUGGUGUUUCUAAAGGUUCUGCUGCCCUGGUUUGGUUUGCCUUGACUAGACUGUUUCCGUCUUUCCUAGGCAAAGGAUCCAUUUACAAGUCCUCUCCCUCCUGUUUAUCUGUCAUCGGACCCAUGGUCUCCUCUGCCUUUGAAGAUGUUUUUGACUUUGUGCUCACAAGUGCCCAUGCUGUGACAUGCCUACAGUCAAGCCAGAACCUUCAGCUAAUUCUUUAACUUGUCUCUAGCACUAGCUGUAUUGAAACAAUCUGAGGCUGUCCAGGCAGAGCUUGCUGAUGCGGGCUCUAUCUUACAUUUGUAAUUAAUUAUGGGUUAUAAAAACCAAAAAGAAAUUAACCAUUUUUCAGCUG